AUGGACGAAUUUUCUGUAGCACCCUUGUAUUAUAUUCCUAUCAUAUGGGUGGCUACCUGCAGGAUAUCGCAUCGCUUAGAAAUAAUUCAUUUUGUCUUUGCUUCUAUCAUGUCUGAUACGGAGAACCAGGAGUAUUCCGAAGAAGUCGAGUAUGUCGACGCCAACGAAGUUGACGAGGAGGUUGUUGACGACGGUCGUCCUGAAGAUAUAGAUGACGAUAUGGACGAAGAUGAUCAAAUGGGCGAUGACGAAGCCAUUGAAAUUGAUAUGUCAAACAAUUCAUGGAGUUAUUUUGACCAGCAUAAAGACUCGAUAUUCUGCGUAUUCAAGCACCCGACGUUGCCCUUGGUUGCUACUGGCGGUGGAGACAAUACGGCGUUUUUAUGGACAACCCAUUCGCAGCCACCUCGGUUUGUCGGUGAGCUUACCGGCCAUAAAGAGUCAGUUGUAGCUGGUAGUUUCACAGCUGAUGGUAAAUUUGUCGUUUCUGGAGACAUGACAGGGUUCAUUCAAGUACACAAGUCGCAAAAAGGUGGUCAGAAGUGGACCAAAUGCUCUGAGUUGGAGGAGGUGGAAGAAGUAUUGUGGAUUCAAACACACCCCGUUCUUCCCAUAUUUGCAUUUGGAGCCAACGAUGGGUCAGUAUGGUGUUACCAGAUCGAUCAAAAUGGCCAAUUAGAGCAGCUUUUCUCAGGAUUUCUGCACACGCUUGAAUGCAACAAUGGACAAUUCAUUGAAACUGCCGAUGCACAAAAUGAUGUCCAACUCGUCACCGUAGCGGAAGACGGUACCGUUAUCAACUGGAAUGCAUUUACUGGAACUGUGAACUACAAGCUUCUGCCAGACUCUGAUUUCAAAAACGUGGAGAGUCCGUUCGUAUCUAUUAAAGCACACAAGAAUAUUAUUGCUGUUGGCGGUCGUGAUGGACAACUAGUUAUCAUAAAUAACGAUUCAGGAAAGGUUGUUCACACGGUUAAGGUUCUCGAGGAUGUUGAAGAUCAAUAUGAGCUUUCUUUGGAAGCAUUAGCGUGGUGCCAAGCUCCGCUGGUCAACCUUUUAGCCGUGGGAUUGGUGUCUGGAGAUGUUAUAUUGUUCGACACAUUACAGUGGAGGGUUAGAAGCUCUUUCAAGGUGGACGAUGCAAUUACGAAAUUACAGUUCAUUGAGCAAACUCCCUUCCUCGUGGGCUCGAGUAUGAAUGGAAGAAUUUACAAAUGGGAUGCUCGUACUGGUGCUGAGGUUUUCGUGGGAAUGGGCCAUAAUAUGGGAGUAUUGGAUUUUGCAAUUUUGGAAAAUGGUUCCAAAUUCGUAACUGCCGGUGACGAAGGGGUAUCGUUGGUGUUUGUGCCUACCGCUUAA